AUGGUCCUCUGGAAACAAUUUCUGGCAGAGCAGCAGUCGGCCUUGAAGAUCCAGGCCUGGUGGCGCGGCACCCUGGUGCGUCGGACCCUCCUGGCGGCGGCCCUGCAGGCCUGGGUGAUUCAGUGCUGGUGGAGGUCCGUGAAGCAGAGGCGGGCGCAGCAGCGUCUGCACAGCCUGGUGAAGGGCUACGUGGUGCAGGAGCAGGCCGCCGUGCGGCUGCAGGCCUGGGCCCGCAUGUGCCUGUGCCGGCAGCGCUACCUGCACCAGCGCAGCGCGCUCUGCGUGAUCCAGGACCCCGCGCGUGCCCUCGCCUUCCACACCAACGACCUGAAAGAAGAAAAGUCAGCUCUCAAGAUCCAGGCCUGGUGGCGCGGGACGCUGGUGCGGCGGACUCUGCUGCACGCGGCGCUGCGGGCCUGGGUCAUUCAGGGCUGGUGGCGGCUGACGCUGGCCCGGCGGCUGGAGGGGAACCGGCGGGCCGCGCUCAUCGUGUCCACAAAGCAAGUCUGGGCGGUGGUUAAGCUCCAGUCCGUGGUCAGGAGGUGGCGCAUCCAUUGGCGCUACCUCCAGGUGCUCUACGCCAUCUACCUCCUCCAGUGCCACUGGCAACGCCAGUCCUGCCACACCUGUGCUCUCCUCCGGGCCCACUGUGAGGUCACGCCGACUCACCUGCAGUUCCACAUCGAGGUCAUCAACCCUUGA